CCGUACGCUUUUAUUCUUGCAUUCCAAAAAUAGACUUAAGUAUAGUUAUGUCGAAGAAUUACAUAAAAGAGCUUUUGAAGCCUUUUCGUGAGAGUAAAGUGUUAGGAAGUUGGUUGAAGUGGUUCGAACCUGGUGCCGGGGGUGGGGCCGGAGGGCAUGGGGUCGCGGAAACUAAGGUCCCGGUGACGAAAGUAGGGACGGCGCAGUACAGCUCGGGUGUGAAGCGGGUUACGUUAAUCCCUGGCCAUGGGAUCGGCCCGGAGAUCACUGUGGCGGUGCAGAAGAUAUUCGAGGCCGCAAAAGUCCCCAUCGAAUGGGACGAAGUGGACGUCACAGCUGUUAGGGGCCCAGAUGGAAAGUUUGGCAUCCCCCAAAAGGCCAUAGACUCAGUGAAUGAGAACAAAAUCGGGCUCAAGGGGCCUCUCAUGACCCCUGUUGGCAAGGGAUACCGCUCCCUCAACUUGGCGCUCCGGAAGGAGUUUGACCUGUAUGCCAAUGUGAGGCCUUGCAAGAGUUUAGAUGGUAUCAAAACCUUAUACGACAAUGUGGACGUAGUGACCAUUCGCGAGAACACCGAGGGAGAGUACUCCGGAAUCGAGCACGAGAUCGUCGACGGCGUGGUUCAGAGUAUCAAGCUGAUCACUGAGGAGGCCAGUAAGAGGGUCGCUGAGUUCGCGUUCCAGUUCGCCCGCGACAACAAGAGGAAGAAGGUCACCGCUGUACACAAGGCCAACAUCAUGCGUAUGUCGGACGGUCUCUUCCUCCGCUGCUGCCGCGACCUGGCCACCAAAUACCCCGACAUCAGGUUCGAGGAACGCUACCUUGAUACCGUCUGCUUGAACAUGGUACAGGACCCCUCCAAAUUCGAUGUGUUGGUGAUGCCCAACUUGUACGGUGACAUCAUGUCUGACAUGUGCUCGGGUCUGGUCGGAGGCCUCGGUCUCACCCCGUCAGGCAACAUUGGCAAGAAUGGAGCCCUCUUCGAAUCUGUGCACGGCACGGCGCCCGCCAUCGCCGGCCAGGACAAGGCCAACCCCACCGCGCUGCUGCUGUCGGGAGUCAUGAUGCUGCGCCACAUGGGGCUGCACGAGCACGCGGAGAGGAUCCAGCACGCCUGCUUCACCGUGCUGCGCGAGGGACAGGUGCUCACGGAGGACCUGGGGGGCAACAGCUCCUGUACCGCCUAUACUAAUGAGAUUAUUAAGAAUUUAAAUUAAGGUGUGACCUUGAAGUGCGUGAAAUUGGUGAGGCGAGAGAAUUGCCGCGUGCGGGCUUUGAGAUACUUGAGUUUGUCUUGGACAAAAUGAAAUCAGGCUGAUUUCUGCAUACUCCAUAUAUGUUGCUUAAUUUUGAAGUCGGGUAAGUCCAUUUUGCUUUAAGGUUAUAUUUGAAAAUAAAAGAACCAACCUUAUAGCACAAUGGAUUUACACUAGUUUGAAGUUAAACGACAUACUUAUUAACAAUAACAAAGUAUGGAAUAUCAUAAUCAAUGUCACAUUUCUUUCAAAACUUAUUUUCGAAUAGAUGCAGAGUUGGCUAAGACGGACUCUUAAAGAUCUUCAUGCGGCAAUUUUCUCAAAUGAUGGUGCAUUUUAAUUACACCCUAGAGGGGUUGAAUGGAUGUUAAGAUGAAACUUGUGAAACCUACAAAUGUAAUUAAUCCAACCAGCAACCGAUAAGUACAUCAAACAUGUUACAUUUGUAGAUUCCUUGCCUUUAGUUAAAUUACUUCGAAAAACACCAACUACUCGUAAAAAAAUGCAUUUUGAGGUUAAAAUCUACCAAGCAUAGUAAUAGUUUUAAUCAAGUGCAUUCAAUUCAUGAUUUGGUCACUGUCAGUGUUGGUGCUUAACAACUAAGUUUACUUGUAACUCUAAAUAUUCUUAACCCUUGAAUGCAUAUGGUGUCAAAAAUGAUACUUUCGCAGUGAGACAAACUAAACACAACAUCAGAUUGACAUCAAUAUGAGACUUUGUCAUAACUGUAUUUCCGAGCUCAUAUAACCCAGCAACCUUCAAAUCUAGGGUGAAUAGGCAUCUUCUGGGCAAGCUCACUCCAUCGUAGGCCGCGUCUAUGCCUUUGACGAGUCUGUGGACAAGAGUAAGCCCAUUUAUAGGAAAAAAAAUAAAAAUUGACGUGGAUUUCAAUUCUUUUUAAGUCAUUUUGCAACACACCUAUAAUACCAUGCAUUGAGGGUUAAUAAAUAAUCUAAUUUCAUCUCAUACCUUAUUCAAAUCAGCAUUUAGUGUACCUAUCUACAAGAAUUACACUAAACAGUAUUAUUACAUUGACAUUAAUCAUGGCAGAUAGUGACCAAAACCACAAUUCUUUACAUUCAAAUAAUAGUUAAUUUAUUAGAUCAAAUUGUUGAUAGCCCAUAGAAUAGUGACACCAUAGUAGCGAAUUUAUAACCUUAUUUAUACCUAUGAAUAGGAUUCGAUAUCAUUUACGUUACUGCCAAAGAAAGUAUUCUGAGGAUACAAGUUCAUCUGAGGUUACUUUUAAUGUUAGGAUCUCGUGCAUUUCUUAGCGUUUUAAAAUGUGUAACAAUAGCUGUUUAUUAAACCUUUGGUGAUCGAAUAUUUUGCUCUGGGAGCCACCAAAGAGGGUAUUCUGAAUCGUUGCUUUUCACUAAGCGGAAAUACAGAGACCCCAGGCCUUUUUGACAGCAAACUUCAAGACAUUUAGUUGAUUCGUGAAUUGUUUGCUGUCAGAAAUACCUGGCGCCUCAGUCUUGGCGAUUAAAUGACAAAGAAAACAGUUCAGAAUACGCUCAACUAUAUUUAUUUGUGACUUACGAGAUGUUUCAUUUUGGCGUCUACAUUGUCAAAUCAAAUUUAACCAAAUACAUUUUCUUACAAUAUAACCUAAGGUUCUGUCUGAAAGUUAGUUUAAGCUUGACAUUCCGUUGUUUAGGUUAUUUAUUGAUGAAUUUUUGUUAACAAUAAGUUAGUGAGAUAAUGGCUGUUUUUGAAUAAGUGCCACAAAUUUAUUUUUUCCAUCUAUUCAAUUAAGAACUUGAGUUAAUGAAUCCUCAAUGCCUAUCUCUUGAAGCGUAUUAAAGGAAGAUAAACAUACAUGCAAAAUAGAGACCAGUAAAUAGAGUUCAGCUUGGCAAAAAAUAAUAGAAAUUAAAAAGUGGCAACAUCGUCGUCUCAUCUUUUUCUUAUCAAUAAGUGUGAGAAAACGAGACAACACGACGAUGUUGUCACUUUUGCAUUUCUACUGUUUCUUGUUAGGCUGUAAGAAGGUGCUAAAGACAGGAAAAGUACUAAUUCUAUGGAAAACAUAGGUUUGUGGACUAACUAAAGUGUAGGUUUAACUUUGUGUUUUUGUGUGACACAGUAUUUGUUCCUUAUCAAGUAUUAGCAAUUCGUAUUUCUUAUGUUACCAGUAUAUUGAUGACCUUGGUAUUUCAUUCUAGUAUUUUCUUAGUUCAAACAUUUUUUUUACAAUUAUUAGUUAGAAUUUUACUACACCAAUAGUUCAAUUUUAAACUAGUGUCAAUAAUGAAAACUAUAUGUAUGUGUUUUUGUACCGAAUAAUCUAGAAUGAGGGCACUAAAGCCACUUUUUAUUUAUUUUUUACAUUUAAUUUAUACAGCAUUUGUAUUUAUUUUACUUUGAAAUGUGAUUCAGAUAAAAUCUGACAAUAAAUGUAAUUUAAGAAUCCUACUCCAAUGGAUAUUCUGAUUGCUUUUGCAAAUAGGUCAAUGUGGAAUCGUAUUAGUGUUUAUUUAUUUAUGUAAAUAAAAUAGACGCCAAAAUAAAGAUAUGAUUUAAA